AUGGCGACCACAACUGGCCUUGCAGAGGUUGAGGCAUUUCUUGAGGAUGGAGCGCCCACACCACAGCGGGGGGAAGCUUCGGCUCCGGCUGUCGCGGACCCCGGGCUCGGGUUCUCCCAAGACUUAGCAAUUGCAGUGGGUGCCGGAAGAUCUGUCGGGCAAGUUUACAUCACUGACGCUGGUCAGAUUUAUGUCAAUCGUCCACGUGGUAAGGGCACUAUCUACGAACCACAGGACCAGGACGAGACUCUGAACAACUAUGACAAGGUGACGUUCACAGAAAAUGGUGACCAUAUCCAGAGAAUGCAGAGGGUGAGCUGGGCAUCAGCGUCAGCAGUUCGGGACGAGACGGCCCAGACGGCGGCACAAGGCUUGAAAGAAGCCAUCCAGGCGCUCGAUGAUGACCUGCCCCGGGUGGAGGAGGUGGCAAACCACCAAGUCUACUUGGUCAGCCAGAGCGAGGCCCGUUUCGACAACCUCAUAACCUUUGCCAGGGGGGUCAUUGAGCUUUGUGAGCAGCACGGAGCGGUUAUCAUUCAAGAUUUCGAGGGCGAGCAGAUCGGGUACGGUGGCGAGAUCCUCAUGGCCCAGCUGAAACCCUCUUUCGUUCUUGAUGCAAGCUGCAAUGCCAGGAAGCUGAACUUCAAUACUCCCGACACGAGGCUGCCAGUUCUGAUCCUAGAUCUUCGAUGCUUGCCGUGUGUCCAGCUCCUGCGAGACCUGCAGCGGAACGAUCGCAUCAUGAAGAUCUCCUGGGGUUCUGAGCGUGACUUCCACGGCCUGAUGUAUCAACGGGAGCCCUUGCCCAUAUUGGCCGAGUUGCACAACGUCCUCGACGCCCAGCUUGCCUUCUCCAUUUCCAGCAGAUAUUUGGUUGGUCUCAAGGCAGUUCCUGGGCUGCUACCAGUAGGAGAGCACACAGAGCAAGCAAGACCACCAGCAUUUCAAGCGCCGCAGGAGCCAAUAGACUUUACAAACUGUUACAAAACAAAUGUCAGGGCUUUCGGUGCCCCUGCAGUGUUUGGAUUGGAGUCGCUCCGCUAUGGUGCGCUGGAUGUGCUUGUGACGGAAGCGGCGCUAUCCCACCUGGAGCCCAUCUACACAUUGGAAUAUGCGAAAGAACUAACGGCGCGUCUUCUUCGAACCGUGACUCAAGAUGAAGUUGGCCUGCAAGUGUUGCAGAAGGACCUGCUUGACACGAAAAAGUUGACAGGAAGUAAUCUGCAGCAGCAGCAGCAGCUGCCACAAGACUGCCCCCGUCUGCGUGACAAGGCUUAUAGGGCCUUGCGGCACUUGCGAAGCAUUCGCAACAAGAUCAAAGCAGCCGAAUGGGGAAAGCUGCACGCACAGGUAGCUGAGAGGCUCAGUACCUCCUGGCUCAGAGACGGUUUGCCAGGUGUGAGCCGUGACGAUGUGCGCAGGCUUAUCGAUGCUCCGGGCAGCGGGUUCGGCAGUGAGGCAUGGACCGAGCAGAACAAGCGAAGCACGUACGAUGAGGCCUUGAGGAAGAUUCUGGAGCUUGCUACCCAAAUCAAGGCAGAAGCUGCACGUGGGCAACCCGUGUUUGGCAAUGCGAGUGCCGAAACCAGUAUGCCUGCCAGCGAAGACAUGCGCAAGCUUGUUGGGCAGCUGGAACACAUCGUGGAGGUCAGCUGGCAUUUGCAUGCGCAGCUGCACCAGAAUGGGGUGCUGGAAAUCUUCAGGUACGAUCACGGAACUUCGGACACGGGCAGUCAGGCCCCAGACACAGACCGAUUUUUCUCGAUCCCAGAACUCGAUACCACCACCGAUCGUCGGAAAUACUGGCAGCUGCACAAAAGCGGGGAACAGAAGCUUCAAUGGAGUACCCAGUGGUCAGCCAGUACACUCGUCCGGCAGCAGGAUCAGCAGCAAGAUAAGCAAGUACAGGCAUUGCUUGAAGCCACUGUCCUCGUGCAUCAUGAUUGGCAUCCUUGUCACGGUCAAUGUCGCUUCGUUUUCAACAUGCCCCCGGGACAUCAGCCUCCGACGGGUUACGCUGGAAAAUAUGUUCGGCGCCAUCAAUCCUUUGACUGGCUCCAGGAAGACCGGACUCUGCCGGCUCAGGCUUUGCAGACGAUGGCCUGGCAGGGCGGUUGUCGAGACGGGGAGCGCGUGGUAGUCAAUGUGACGCUGCAGUUUCCCAGAUGCAGCGGCAUGAGCACACAGACUCAAACCUUUUGGUGGAACGACCGCUCGAUCUUGGCUGCCGAUUUGCAGAAGUGGAAGGCAGAUGUAGCUGGACAGUAUCACGAGUACGUACUAUACUGGCGAGAUUCGCAAGGGUAUCUAUGCCCCCUUGAGGAAUAUCCGCGGGGCUUCAAGCAAUUUGCCGAUGGUGAGAUUCAAGUUGAGUUGAUUCUCCAGUCACUUGGGAUUUUGCACGACAAGUGUUUGACGAAGGUACAGAGUAUUACAGGUCACACAGUGACUUUCGGCGACCUCGAAAAAUACUUCGAAGAUGUCGUUCGUAAGCAACAACUCAGGAGAGGCCUCGCGGCAUGUUACCAAAGCGCAUCUGGAAGGCUCCGCAAACUCGAUGGAAGCCCCGAGAGAUUGCAGGCUUUCAGCCGUGAUGCCCUGAAGCAAAGCAGCAGCUCCAACAGCUCAUUUCUGAACUUCUUUUUCGAGCUUCGGCAGGACAGGACAAGAUUGACAUUGCACGAUGUGCCGGGCGAGCAGGGGCCGCAAACCGUUUAUGUGUCGAGCGAAGAGCUGACCAUGAGCUUCAUUCUUCGACAAUUGCCGGCGAGUUGCAAAGCCAUAUUCCUGGACGGCAAACGGCACGUCGAGCUCGACGAUCGUUCGCUACCAGCAUUCAAGCAAGUAUCGCUUCAGAACUCCAGGUCGGAUCUGGACAUCAACUUCAACGUUUACGUUUGUGAGGCAAUCAUGAGCCCCUCCCACGGGCCAGUGCAGACACUGGCCGCAGAGACAGAACCUGCCGGCGAUACAACAGAGGCAUUCUAG